AUGUCACCGAAACAAUUAGUGACGUUUCUCGCCCUUUUGUGCUUCCUCAAUGUGGCCAAUGGUGAUCUGGAUUUACAAAUGUUACACGUGGUAUUUCGACACGGUGAGAAAGUCCCCCAUCGAGAGUACCAAAAUUAUCCUACUGACCCUUACAAGGAUCAAUCGUACUACCCAAUGGGUAACGGGGACUUAACGAACCAAGGUAAGCUGCGGGAAUACAGGAUCGGCACAAUGCUCCGUGAACGUUACGAUCGAUAUUUCGGGCCGGAUUAUUGGCCGGAGAAGAUCUAUGCCCGAUCGACGGACGUCCCAAGGACUCAAUUGUCUCUUCAACUAGUUCUGGCUGGAUUAUUCCCGCCCUCGGAAAAGCAAACCUGGAAUCCCCAUCUACCAUGGAUUCCGACGUCCACGUUCUUCGUGCCCUAUGAAACUGACAAUCUCCUGUUCCCACAUCACUGUCCCAGGUACAAGGAAGAGUACGAAAAAUUCCUCCAACAACAAAACACGCAGGACAUCGUGAAUAAAUACAAAAGUGUGUUCAAUUAUUUAACCCAGCACAGUGGAAAAGUAGUGAACACAACGUCAGCGAUCACUUAUCUUUACAAUCUGUUCAAGGAACAGGCUGCUCAGAAUCUGACUCUUCCAAAGUGGACAGAAUCCGUAUAUCCGGUUCCGAUGAAAGAAAUAAUAGCAUUGGACUUCAAACUGAGAUCGUACACAAGGACAUUGAAACGCCUGAACGGAGGUAUAUUAUUACGUAAAAUAUUAGAAGACAUUAAGCUAUACAAAAUGGGCAAAUUGGAACCUUACGACAGGAAAGCUUUCCUCUUUGCUGCACACGAGAUGAACGUCGCCGCCUUUGCAAAGACACUAGAUUUGGACGAGCCUGUAAUACCUGCAUACGGAUCUACUAUUAUCUUUGAAACGCUGCGUGACAGGAAAAGGACUUACUAUGUUCGGGUUCUCAUCUGGACUGGAGUCUCCGAACAACUCAUAAUCCAAACGAUUCCAGGAUGCACGGAGCUUUGCCCAUUCGAACAAUUCCUCAACAUCGUAAAAGACGUGCUACCAAACGAUGAGGAGUACAGUUGUAAUCGCGAUGAAAUAACGAACGACUCGGGACAGAAUCCAGAAAAAGAAUCUAUAUGUUCCUCAGCAGCGAACGUAGUUGUUGGCAAAUCAUGGUACUAUUUACUGCCACUUGUGUCUUUCGUAUUUUUGUCCGCGCGUAGCAUCGAUCGUUGA